AUGUUAGAAGGAUUUCCAGUUCCAGACUUUGAUUUUGAUGAUGAUCCAGUUCGUUCUACUUAUGCAUCUGUAGACAUUGCAAGUCAAUCAAUUUCAUGCGAAGAUUACGAAGAACUUUGCGAAAAGAGUGGAAUCGUAUUAGCUUCAUCAACCCCUUUACGGUGUACAAGUAACUCUGUGGUUUUCUCAGCAGAAUCGGUAAAUGGCAACGAACAAUACGCAAUUAAAAUUACACCACAUAAACAUAGAGUCCAUGAGGAAUACGACAAGAGGAACUUAGUUACAGAUUCCCCUUACAUAGUAAAGACAAUAUCAUUGUCCGAGUCUCCUACAAAAGCACUUCUUAAGAUAGAAUUGUGCGAACUCGGUGACAUCUCGAAUUAUACAUUUACAGAAGAUGAUAUCUGGAAAAUGAUCCAUGAUAUCGGUACUGCAUUGAAACAUCUUCAUUCCCAGGGCUGGAUUCAUCUCGACGUCUCUCCUGGAAAUAUCCUUAUUACGAAUGACUGCUUCAAAUUGGCUGACUUUGGCACACUAACUAAGAUCGGCGAGUUUGAGGAAGGCAAUGAGGGCGCUGGGCCGUUCGUUUCACCAGAAGCCCUCGCAUUCCCUUGCACAGAUUUUGAGGUUGGUCCUCCUACAGAUAUAUUUUCCUUCGGCGUUGUGCUUUUUGAAUGCGCCUCUCAGCAAGCCGCACCCCGCGGAGGCUGCCCAGGUUACUCCAAAAUCCGCAAUGGCGAAAUUCUUCUGGGACAGGGCUCUUAUCCAUGCGAGCAUUCUCAGGAGCUCAUAGACCUUAUCAACAUGAUGCUUGCAGUUGAUCCAGCAGAGCGCCCAACAGCUGAGCAAUUAGUUCAGGCAACAGGUAUGUAA